AUGGCCGCAACUCAGCGCUCUCGUGUCUUCUUUGACAUUCGAAUUGGCAAGGGCGAGCCUAGCCGUGUCACAUUUGAGCUUUUCGACGAUGUCGUCCCCAAGACCGCAGACAAUUUCCGAGCUCUCUGUACCGGCGAGAAGGGCAUUGGCACCCAGGGCAAGGAACUGACCUACAAAGGCAUGUGCUCCGAUUUAGGCUCAAUUUUCCACCGAGUGAUCAAGCAGUUCAUGAUUCAGGGUGGUGACUUCACCGCAUUCAACGGUACCGGUGGCGAGUCUAUCUACGGCGAAAAGUUCCCCGAUGAGAACUUCGAUCUCAAGCAUGACCGUCCUUUCCUGCUCUCCAUGGCCAACUCCGGCCCUGGCACGAACGGCAGCCAGUUCUUCGUCACCACUGUUCCUACCCCCCACCUCGAUGGCAAGCACGUCGUGUUCGGUGAGGUGAUCAACGGCAAGGGCGUUGUUCGCAAGAUCGAGAACCUCCCUACCCAGUCCGACAAGCCUACGGAGGACGUUACUAUUGUGGACUGCGGUCAGCUCUCCGGCGACGCAUACGAGAACGCGGCCACACGCCCCGCAGAUUCGACUGGCGACAAGUACGAAGACUUCCCCGAGGACUACCAGGGCGAGCUCACCGUGAAACUCUGCUUUGACAUCGCUUCCGAACUGAAGGAAUACGGCAAGAAAGCUUACCUGAGUGGGGAUUAUAACCUGAGCUUUGAGAAAUACCAGAAGGCUGUGCGCUAUUUGAAUGAUGCCCCCGAGCUCACUGAAGAGGACAAGACCCAACAGCUGGGCGAGCAAGUGCAGGCAAUGCGGCUCACCCUGUUCUCCAACUCCUCUCAGUGCGGCAUCAAGCUCAACAACUACAAAAUGGCCAGGAAGUGGGCCGAUUUUGCGAUCGAAUUGGCCAACAAGAUCCCCACCAAGGAUGCUGACAAGGCCAAGGCAUACUACCGUCUGGGUUAUGCCGAGGUGCGCCUGCACGACGAGGAUUCCGCACUCAAGCAUCUGCAGGAAGCCCACACGCUAGCCCCUAACGAUGCUAAUAUCAACAAGGAGAUCGACGCAGUCAAGAAGGCUAUCCAAAGCCAGAAGGCCGCGGAGAAGGCUCGGGCCCAGAAGUUCCUCAACGCCCUCUAG